AUUUUCUCAGCUUAUCUGUUUGUCACUGGGUUUCGUGUUGUCGACGAUGAGCCUCGAUGUAUCUUCAAUAUCCAAGCCAUGGCUGGGGGAAAAACGCCUGAAUCCUCUGGAGAUUGAUGAAGAAUCGCUAUUAUUUCCAUUUAAAUCUCUAUUUCUUAAGGAAAAUAUACAAAAUGAAGGACAAGCAGAUAAACAAGUGCUAGAAGCACUUGCAUCACUAUGUUUCCCGUCUAAACCAUGUAUUAAGGCGUAUAAUGAUGAUUCGCGGGACUUGUUGCAGUUAAAAAGCUCAAUUUCUCGUCUUCAACAGAGAAUACAGAAUUUAACACAUGCACAGUCAAGAGCGCUGUUUUACCGGGAGGGAAAUGUUAAUAGAGUACGUAAGGAGAUUCUACAUGCUAUGGUAGCGCUUUCGGAUGUUCAAAGAGCGAUUCAACAGCGUUUAAAUAGACAAUUAAAGUUUAAAAAGGAAGGGCUUGAGAAAUUGGAACAAUGGAAGGAUGAACAGCAUUUUUUAGCGAUGUAUAUUCGUGAAAAAGAAGAAUCGGAUGAAAAUUUGAAGAUUAUAUCAUCAUUACGUCAAAAAAAGAAUAAAUUGAAGAUGGAAAUUACAGAAACGGAGGUUAAAUUAGCAGAAAAGAAGAAAGAUUUGAAAAAAUUAUUAAGUCAUAUUGAAGAAUUGCAAAAUUCAUUAGGGUCCCGUUUUUUGGAUGAAAAAUCACGUUUAGAGGAAAUCGAUGCAGAUGAAUCUAAAUUUAUUGAACAAUUUAAAAAAAUGAUACCAGAAUCGGAUCAAGCAAAGCCACGAGAUGCUUUGCGUAAGAUUUGGGAAGCAGAGUUAUCAGUUAUUAAUGAUGAUAUAAAGAAAGCACAUUCUGAAUAUACUGCUUUAUCGGAAGGAUCGAAACUUUGGUGUAGUACAAUUAGUUUUCUUCAAUCACUUGAACAAAAUGUUUAUGAUUAUACGAAAAAGGGAAACUGUAAAGUAGAAGAAGUAGUGAAUAUUAUUGAUAAAGGGCUUUUAAGGCUAAGAGAUUUAACAAAAAUUGUAAAUAAUAGACAAUUGAAUUUGUUAUACAUUGUAAUUGGACAUGAAAUAGAAGCUUUGAAUCGGGCAAAAAAUGUAAUUAUUUUUAGUAUGGAUAAAUCGUAGAAUUUUGAAUGAUAAAGAUACCCUUAUUGGUAUGUUUUUGUA